GAACUGGAGUUCGCGGAGAUCCCAAAAAAGGGGGGGGCGGAGGGAAGCACACGUGGGGAAAUGUUGGAGCGGAGUUCGAGCCCGUGGCGGCCGCUCUGGAUAAGAACGACCCCAACUACGACCCUGAUGCCGGCGAGGAGCAGCUCCAAGAGAG